CGGGCCGAGGCAGCCAGAGGAGGGAGCGGGCCGGGGGCUCCCUGUUGCCCUGGUUACGCCGAGGCACGUGUGCAGUCCCGGAAGCGGCUCCGGGAAGCGGCCCAGCGCGCGCAGCCGGAGGAAGCGCAGCCCGGUCCGCUGGGGUCGGGUCCGGCUGGGCCAUGGAGCCGUUCCCUGAGCUUGCGCCCCGGCCCGGACCCCGCUGUCUUCUGCUUCUCUCCCUGCUACUGUUGCUGCUGCUGCUACUGCCACUGCCGGCCCCGGAGCUGGGCCCGAGCCAGGUGCAAGCCGAGGAGACCGACUGGGUUCGACUCCCCAGCAAAUGCGAAGUGUGUAAAUAUGUUGCGGUGGAGCUGAAAUCAGCUUUUGAGGAAACCGGCAAGACCAAGGAGGUGAUCGACACAGGCUAUGGCAUCCUGGAUCGGAAGGCUUCCGGAGUCAAAUACACCAAGUCCAUUUCAGAGCCCCCAGACCAGAUGACCUAUCUUCCUUCCAGCUCUGACUUCCCUUUGCCCCUCUCGUGCUGCUGUCUCUGCAGGGACUUACGGUUAAUCGAAGUCACUGAGACCAUUUGCAAGAGGCUCCUGGACUAUAGCCUGCACAAGGAGAGGACCGGCAGCAACCGGUUUGCCAAGGGCAUGUCUGAGACCUUUGAGACACUGCACAACCUGGUCCACAAAGGGGUCAAGGUGGUGAUGGAUAUCCCCUAUGAGCUGUGGAAUGAGACCUCUGCAGAGGUGGCUGACCUUAAGAAGCAGUGCGACGUGUUGGUGGAAGAGUUUGAGGAGGUGAUCGAGGACUGGUACAGGAACCACCAGGAGGAAGACCUGACUCAGUUCCUCUGCGCCAACCAUGUGCUGAAGGGCAAGGACACCAGUUGCCUCGCAGAGCAGUGGUCCGGCAAGAAGGGGGACACAGCCGCCCUGGGAGGGAAGAAGUCUAAAAAGAAGAGCGGUAAGGUCAAGGCCUCGGGCAGCGGCAGCAAACAGAGGAAGGAGCUAGGUGGCCUUGAAGAAGACCCCAGCCCCGACGAGGAUGAGGGCAUCCAGAAGGCAUCCCCCCUCACACACAGCCCCCCGGAUGAGCUUUGAGCCUAACCCAGUGCCCCCUGUAUCGUGACCCCUGACCUGGAAGCUGAAGAAUCUGGGGCACAGCUCUGGCAGGCAGAUGGCUGUCCCUCUCCAAGUCCUCCCUGCCGUGCCAGCUUCCUGCCGGGAAAGACACAGGGCCAGGGAAGAGCUCAGAUCAGCUGCCGUCAGCCUACCGACCUCCUCCCUCUGCCAAGCGG